AUGUCAUCUUCCUCUUCAUCGGGUUCGACGAACACCAUGGAAACCGUAAAAUAUUUUAUAAACAAGGUGGUAGAGACGACACAACUAAUUCUGGAAGAAGAAGAGGAGGAGGAGGUUUCGUCACAACCACUAAACAGGAACCCACACAUCGAGCGAGACCAAGAAAGUGCUCACCAAAGAUUAGUCGCCGAUUUCUUUGCCGACGAGCCGUUGUACUCGGAAGCUAUUUUUAGACGCCGUUUCAGAAUGAGUCGUCGAUUUUUCUUACGUAUAGCCGACGAUUUAGCCGCUUAUGACCCGUUUUUUACCUUGCGACCCGAUGUUAGAGGCAAAAUGGGCUUCACCACCUUACAGAAAUGCACUGCGGCGCUUCGUCAACUAGCUUAUGGGACGGCAGCCGAUGCUUGGGACGAAUACUUAAAGCUGUCCGAAAGAACUGCUAGAGAAUGUUUAUACAAGUUUUGCAAAUUUGUGGUGAGGCUCUACAGCCAAAAAUAUUUGCGAAAACCGAAUUACAAUGACGUCCAAAAUUUGUAUCAACACCACCAAGCAAGGCACGGUUUUCCAGGCAUGCUCGGGAGCAUUGAUUGCAUGCAUUGGCCAUGGCGGAAUUGUCCUACCGCUUGGCGAGGAAUGUAUACGCGAGGCGAUCAGGGACAUCCAACAAUAAUUCUAGAAGCUGUUGCGUUUCAAGACCUAUGGAUUUGGCAUGCUUUCUUUGGGAUUCCUGGUUCGAAUAACGACAUCAACGUUCUACAAAAUUCCUAG